CAAACGCAGAGGGCUGAUAUGUACAGCGGCUAUCAUUGAUUUUGAACCCAGCCUCUAGGAACACGUCCCGUCUCCACGCCUGGUGACUGCUGGAAGGAUGAAUUAUAUCCUGGCCGCCACCCAUACUAUUAAGUUUGAACUUAUCCAUCAGUUCCUCCUCGACUAGAAGCCCCAACUUUUUCUCUCGCAAUACCCUUCACCUUUGCAUCUAUUACAGAAUGGAUAUUCGCCUGCUUCUUUGUCCAGAACCUUCUCAAGAGCCAAGUCAGCAUGGCAUACUAGACCCGGAAAAGUCCCCUCCAGUGGCAGGGAUAGGAGAGGAGCAAUCACGAGCGCCGCUAGAAGAGAGCAACCUUCUUUCACCAAGUGAUGGGAAUCAAGACGUUAACAGGGGGAACACAGAGUGUCUCGCCAAAUGUCCUACAGCUCAACAAGCAAGAAUUGCACCCGGUUCUUUAAAGCAUCUCAACUCAGCGAUUCCGCUGUUACCUACCCUUACCGCUGAUCAGUCAUCGACCGCUUCCAUAUUUUGCACCUAUUGCGUUGAAUCUGGCAAGCAUCCUGGGAACGCGACGUUUGCGAUGAAACAUGACUGGUUGCGACAUGUCCACAACUUCCACUUCGACAAGUCACUUGGAAGGCGCUGUGCAUACUGUUCUCAACUCUUCGGUUUCAUGUCUAAUAGAAACACCGACGCAGUGCGCGUGCACUUCCGACAAGAACAUCAGAAUAAAGUUCCUCUACUAGUGGACGAUCAUCAGCCCUGCCUCUAUGCUUGUGGAUUUAAGGACUGUUACGUGCUUUGCAGGACGAAUAAGGAGUAUUAUACGCAUGUCUGCGGUCAUAUGCAGAGAGGGGAGACUGGGUGGAGUUUUGACAGCACUAUUCGAGCUCUGCUUAGGCACCCGCAGCUUUUCGACUAUUGGCAGGCCGCCUGUGCUAUUCUGGGUCCUCAGUGCGGCAUUACCUCUGACAAGUUGCAAUGGGACUACAGCCACAAGACGGAGCGGAUGAGACGCCAGCUACAAUACUUUGAUUUCAGCAACCAGUUUGGUGAUUUCCUUCAGGAACUUUUCUUAGCUGGAAUUCCGCAUGAUUCAUGUGCAUGUUCUGACCGCGGGAAUUCGAAACGGGCACGACCCGCUAACUCCGCCACGACAUCCUCCGGACCAGAAGGCCAGUCGUAGAGGUAGGAAGAGUUGAAUUGCCAAUGCUAGAGGAGCUGCCGAGGGGAGCGAACAGCUGGGGG